GCUCUUCCGAGCGCUGAGCUGCAGUUGCGGAGCCGGACGUGUCGGUGAAGAUGGCGGGCCGGAGUAUGCAAGCUGCAAGGUGUCCUACGGAUGAACUAUCUUUAACCAACUGUGCAGUCGUGAAUGAAAAGGAUUUCCAGUCUGGGCAGCAUGUGGUUGUGAGGACCUCUCCCAACCACAGGUACACAUUUACACUGAGGACCCAUCCAUCAGUGGUUCCAGGGAGCAUUGCAUUCAGCUUACCCCAGCGAAAAUGGGCUGGACUCUCUAUUGGACAAGAAAUAGAUGUCUCCUUGUAUACAUUUGACAAGGCCAAACAGUGUAUUGGCACAAUGACCAUCGAGAUUGAUUUCCUACAGAAAAAAAGCAUCGACUCCAACCCUUACGAUACUGACAAGAUGGCAGCAGAAUUUAUUCAACAGUUCAACAACCAGGCUUUCUCAGUGGGACAGCAGCUUGUGUUUUGCUUCAAUGAUAAGCUUUUUGGCUUACUGGUGAAAGAUAUUGAAGCCAUGGAUCCUAGCAUCCUGAAGGGGGAGCCUGCGACAGGUAAAAGACAGAAGAUUGAAGUAGGACUGGUUGUUGGAAACAGUCAAGUUGCAUUUGAAAAAGCAGAAAAUUCUUCGCUCAAUCUCAUUGGCAAAGCUAAAACCAAGGAAAAUCGGCAGUCUAUCAUCAACCCUGACUGGAACUUUGAAAAAAUGGGAAUAGGUGGCCUGGACAAGGAAUUUUCAGAUAUUUUUCGACGAGCAUUUGCAUCCCGAGUAUUUCCUCCAGAGAUUGUAGAGCAGAUGGGUUGCAAACAUGUUAAAGGCAUCCUGUUAUAUGGGCCCCCAGGAUGUGGUAAGACCCUUCUGGCUCGACAGAUUGGCAAGAUGUUAAAUGCAAGAGAGCCCAAAGUGGUCAACGGACCAGAAAUCCUUAACAAAUAUGUGGGAGAAUCAGAGGCUAACAUUCGUAAACUCUUUGCUGAUGCCGAAGAGGAGCAAAGGCGGCUUGGUGCUAACAGUGGUUUGCACAUCAUCAUCUUUGAUGAAAUCGAUGCCAUCUGCAAGCAAAGAGGGAGCAUGGCUGGCAGCACAGGAGUUCAUGACACUGUUGUCAACCAGUUACUGUCCAAAAUUGAUGGGGUGGAGCAACUGAACAACAUCCUAGUCAUUGGAAUGACCAACAGACCAGAUCUGAUAGAUGAGGCUCUCCUUCGACCUGGAAGGCUGGAAGUUAAGAUGGAGAUAGGCUUACCGGAUGAGAAAGGUCGACUACAGAUCCUUCACAUCCACACAGCAAGGAUGAGAGGACAUCACUUACUCUCCGCUGAUGUAGAUAUUAAAGAACUGGCUGUGGAGACCAAGAAUUUCAGCGGUGCUGAGCUGGAGGGUCUGGUGCGAGCAGCACAGUCCACUGCCAUGAAUAGACACAUAAAGGCCAGUACUAAAGUAGAAGUGGACAUGGAGAAAGCAGAGAGCCUGCAGGUGACAAGAGGAGACUUCCUUGCUUCUUUGGAGAAUGAUAUCAAACCAGCAUUUGGCACAAACCAAGAGGAUUAUGCAAGUUACAUUAUGAAUGGUAUCAUCAAAUGGGGCGAUCCAGUUACUCGGGUUUUGGAAGAUGGGGAGCUGCUGGUUCAACAGACUAAAAACAGUGACCGCACACCACUGGUUAGCGUCCUUCUGGAAGGCCCUCCUCAUAGUGGGAAGACUGCCUUAGCGGCAAAGAUUGCAGAGGAAUCCAAUUUCCCCUUCAUCAAGAUCUGUUCUCCUGAUAAGAUGAUUGGCUUUUCUGAGACGGCCAAGUGUCAGGCCAUGAAGAAGAUCUUUGAUGAUGCAUAUAAAUCCCAGCUCAGUUGUGUGGUUGUGGAUGACAUUGAGAGACUGCUCGAUUAUGUUCCUAUUGGCCCUCGAUUUUCUAAUCUGGUGUUACAAGCUCUUCUUGUGUUACUGAAAAAGGCACCUCCUCAGGGCCGCAAGCUUCUUAUCAUUGGGACCACCAGCCGCAAAGAUGUCCUUCAGGAGAUGGAAAUGCUUAAUGCUUUCAGCACCACCAUCCACGUGCCCAACAUUGCCACAGGAGAGCAGCUGUUGGAGUCUUUGGAGCUUUUGGGCAACUUCAAGGACAAGGAACGCACCACAAUUGCACAGCAAGUCAAAGGGAAGAAGGUCUGGAUAGGAAUCAAGAAGUUACUGAUGUUAAUUGAGAUGUCCCUACAGAUGGAUCCCGAAUAUCGUGUGAGAAAAUUCUUGGCCCUCUUAAGAGAAGAAGGAGCUAGCCCUCUUGAAUUUGAAAACGGACUAUUUGCAACACAUUGAGAGAAGUGACCAAGAUGAAGAUGAGCUGGGAUCUUCACUCGUCUUAAUCAAGAUACUGGACUAAGUGAAAUGUUCUCUACCUUCAGCAGCGUCCGUCCGUGCUUCUCUCUGCAUGUUUAGUGCAAUAAACUCCCUUCCUUGUGUUUACUGAGGUAUUCCGGUGUUUUGUGGAAGGUGCAGGUUUGCUUUAGAAUGCUGUGCAUACCUCUCUGUGCAAGCCGAUUCCUUCUUACCCGGGUUCUAAGUGUGAGAGGAUACUGUACUUGUGAACACUAUGCAUUUAAAGCUCCCCACCACCGCCACUACCACCUCCUGAAAAUUCUCGGUAAAUGUAAUGAAUGUUGCGAGGCAACACAUGGCCUAUUUACAAUGAAGACUUUUUACCUGCAAACCAGGAACACUGAAUAGAGCAGCCGAUUAAAGGGAUUAUCUGACAGCUUCCCUGUGCUGACAUUAAAGGUUAUUGGGUAUUUGAUUAAAGUUCCCCCCAGAAAACUGGUUCUCUUUGCCUGAAGAAACAGGGCUUGGGAUUUCUAAGGUACUGUUCUUAAUCAUUUUCAGAGAUGUUUCCAAGUUGCAAUCAGGAGAUCUUUCUUCACAGAAAGUCAGAUUACCGUGCUGGCUGUGACAUCCCCUUAAUGUAGCAAUGUGCGCUGUGGGAAGAGAUAUGCUAAUUGUUACCACUUGGGAGAUGCUGUUAAAAACUUGUGGAAGAUAUGUAUGUAAAAAAUAUACAUCCCUAAACAGGAAGGAGUUACUAAAAUAAUUCACAAACCUCUUGGCAUUAAUUAGUAUCCAACUUCUAAAUGGGUCAAUUCCUUGGUAUGGUAUUAAGGACUUAGUAGUAUCACCACUUGUUUUCCUUAGCUUAAUGACUUAUUUGGAACUUAUCCUCUCUUUAAGCUAUCUUCACUAUGCAGUAUUUAAAUAAAACACUAUUCUCCAGAAAAACAAGCCCCUUUCCGGCCUUCUCCCCUCAGCCCUUUAACAUCCAUUCCAAACAUUUAACACAUUUCCUUUACCCUCUACACACCUCUGCGAAAGGGAAGGGGAGUUCACUGGGUCCUUUUGAGGGUGAUUUGUCUUAGAACUGAGUUAGAAGGAAUUUAAUUAGGUCAUCUGUUUGGUGAUGAGACUUACAGAGCAUGCCACUCUCUCCCCCUUGCUGCUAAAAAUGCGAGGACAGAUAAGCGGGAGCCACCUGAAGGCACUUAACAUCAGUGAGGCUUGUUGCCCCAGUGGCACUUGGGCCAUGGCUCUGUCAUUUGUCCCCAUGGCAGAAGGCAAAUCAUUUCCAGAUCUUGCUGUCUGUAUGCUGUUGGUAGAGACUUAUACGUCAUACCUACUUUGUUUUCGGUUUUCAUCUCUAGCUUAUUUUGUGGCUUUUUCAAAAGUGGACUGUGUUAUGAAGUCCUGUGAUUCCUGGCAGCCAGUAUCCUGGAUUCCCUAAUCUGCUGAGAUCUCACCUCUUUCCUCUUCCCACAAAAGCGGCACAUGUUCCAUUAACUUAGAUCUCUUGUUAAAUAAGGGUGAUGUUUUUGUGUUUUGUCCAAAACUAUAUGGAAAAAUAUAAAUAUUAUAUUGUUUAAUGCAAAUGAAGGAAUGCAAUAAACAGUGCAUAUACUUGGAAAUGUUCUGGAGACCAUUAUUUUGUACAGACCAACAGGUUAUAACUGGUAUGAAUGUGUGAGGCAGAGGGAGAUCAGAAGGGAAGCCCCUCAUUGUGUUAUAAGUAGCAUAAGGAGUUGAAUGAUUUUUACUUAAAAUACCUGAUUUAAUUACUUAGAAAGUGUAUUUAAAAAGAAGAGCAUAUCAGCAUAUAUAAAAAAGCUAAUGCACAAGAAUUUUCAUACUUUUAACUUAUUUUACCUUAUUAAAAAACUGAGCUACCAAAGCCAUAAACGAGGUCAGUAAUAAAUCAGAAAGGGUAGCUGUUUCUCAAUUAGAAUUACUCCUUUCCGUGAAAUGUACAAACCAAGGGACACCAACACACUCAGUGAGAUUUCUCCACACGGUUAGUUUGGGUAUCAAAGAGUUUGCAUUUCUCUGAACUAUCAGAUCUUUCAGCUAAACCUCAAGUUGGCUCAGGCCUUCUCUGACAGCAGGAUUGGGUGCCCAGGAGCUAUCUGUGCCCUCGGGGAGGGGGACCUGAAGGCUACCUGGUCCCCGUGUAGCCUUGAGAAGCUGAGUUCUGGAGGUAUCCCAAGACUUUUCUCAGCCGAUGCUGGGCGGCAGAGCGUGGACGGGGCGACAGCGUGGAGUGGGAUAAAGCAAAGGAGCCUCUAACCACGGCCGCUUCCCUAACUGCUGCCGUAGAGUUCUUUGUCUAUGGAUAAACUAUUAACAGGCUACUUUUUGUCAGAAGGUAUAUCUAAAACCUCAAAAGAGGGGGUUAUUUUAUCUUUACUAAAUUUGUACUUCUUCACUGAGACACUGGCUUUUUUAAUGUAACACAGAAAAUUGUACAGUUGUGGUUAAAAUCUGAGCUUUAAGGCUCUCUUCAUGUCUAGAAACUACAGCAAACGGUCUCCCCUUUAAGUUUCAGCAGCAAGUCACAAAAUUAUGGUGUAGAUUCAAGUGCAUAUAAUAAUGACCAAGCCAUGGGAAAUAGACUUGUGGGAGCACUGAGUCAGCUAUAAACCACCAGCCCAGUCUGAACACAGAAAGUCAAAGCAGCACUGCAUUCUCCCUGCCUGGCGACUUGGUCCAUAAGCCUCUUCAAAGAAGUGACGGGGAAAGGUGUGUGUGAGAGUUCAAAAAAGCAUGUAAAUUUCAGGAGUUAUUGCAAAAUGACCUAAAGUUUCUCAUCAGCUGACAAGCAGUGCUGAGCUUGGAUCCUGGAGAUGAGCUGGUUGAGGGUGUGUACAUGUAAACACCAUGACAUUAAAAUACCGGAGAGAUGGCCUGUGAUCAGCAAGAGUCCCAAGCAGGUGAAGAUAGAAUUUGCAAGGAGGAUUCAUGUUUGAAAUUUUCCCAGUACACAGUCUCCACACAACUAACCUUGUCUCAAAAUAUUGGGAGUGUAAGAUUAAUGGUAAGAACAUUUUUUGCCUCCUAGAAUGCUCUCAGUUACUCAGGAAGAAACGAGACAGUGUAACGGCCAUAAUUUUGGCAAAUUAACGUCUUUUGUGCGUAGGUCAGCUGUGCACCUUCGUGCAUGCGCACGUACAGAGGGCCGGCCCGCGUGCGCACGUACCGAGGGCCGACCGGGCUGUACCCUGUAUCCCCAGAUACAGCCCGGGUAGUUGGGCCAGCCUCCCUUCACUCGGCUUUUCUCUGCUUUUUCCUUACCUGCUUUCCUUUUGCCUUUCUUUGUCACUCAGCCCCUCAUCCUUCAACUCUCAUGCGCUUUUCUUCUCUCUUCCUUCUUCACAAAAUGAUACCGCUUUGAAGUAGAGCUAGUCAUUAUAUUUUGGGGGGUGGGGUUCUGGGUCUUUUUUAACCUCGUUUUCAGGUAUUUAUGAGUAUUUGUGCUUUUGGGGAAACUAAAUGUUCAGGCGCUCUAUGAAACAUCUUCUCUCCAGUCAGGGAGUAUGAUGGGUCACAGGGUCAUAAACGGCCUUGGCAACGAUGAGUAAGGACCACUGAAAUAUUCAGCAAUGUGAUAGGUUAGAAAAGAAAAGACCAAAAAAAAAAGAAAAUCAAACCCACUGCCUUCAAGUCGACUCUGACUCAGCGACCCUAUGGGACAGAGUAGAACUGCCCUAUAGAGUUUCCAAGGCUGUGAAUCUUCACAGAAGCAGACUGCCACAUCUUUCUCCUCAAAAGCGGCCAGUGGAUUCAAACUGCCGACCUUUCAGUUAGCAGCUGAGUGCUUUAACUGCUGCAUCACUAGGACUCCUCAAAAAAAGAAAAAAGGACCCAGGAUGCUGGGAUAGAUGAGUAUUAGGUUUACGUAGAAGUGAAAUAAAAAGUAAAAAAGAAUGACCAGCAUUGUAAGAUGUGGAAUAGGUGUGUCUGGUUUUACAUGUCCAGUCCCUUGCACAGCUAAAUAUAACAGUUUUUGUGGUUUAAGCUUCUCAGGAUUUAAGCGGAGACACAUCAUGAGCAAAAUAAAAUUCCUGAACUUCUAGCGGCCAUUUCUAAUCUAAGGUUAUAGAGGUCCAAAAGGAGCACAAGGCAGCCCAUCUCCUCCGCCGAGGCAAACUGCUUUAUUGUUCUGUUCUUGACUUGUCCCUAACAGGUGGAUCAGAAGGAAGAGAAAUAAAAGGCAAACAUUCUAGCCAUUCUCCCUCACAGUGUACCAAGCAAACUGCAGGUGCCAUUUUAUGGGUAGAUCUAAAGACUAAAGACCUGUCUGUUGUCAUAAAACUGAGUUACAGCAUAUCGUUGUUGAGAAGGCGUAACCUGUGAGAGUCAGGCAAAUCCUUUUGAAGUCGCAGUCCAAGGAGAGAAUGCCCUUACCUAGAGUGAGCCCACAGAUCGUCCUGGCAGCCCAAACCAAUCUGAAACAUAAAUGACACCUGUUCUGGAGAAUGCAGAGCCCAGGGCACACCGUUUCUUCUUCCCUGACCACAACCUACCCCUUCUACAGUUCAGCUCUCAUAGUUAGCUAGCAGGGGAGAGACCAUUUCCAGUCAAGUUUCACUUUGAAUAAAGCAAAUCCUAUUUCCCCAGUAAAUGGAGUUGAACACAUUGCAGUGAGGAAGGGAUUAAGCGAGUGCCAACCCCGGGGUCUGCCAGCUGCAUCUUUUAGGAAUGUCUGGCAUGAAUUUGUGCAUUGAAAGUGCUGGAGUCUGUGAAGAUGAAUUGCUGCCCAAAUUGGUUGUUUCUAAAACCUGAAGUUCUUCGUUAGAAGUUGACUUAGAACAAAGUAAACCUGUAAGAACGCCCUAUAGUAACUCAAGACCUACUGUCCAUCAUAUCUCAGAUGCUCUUAUUUAGAGAAAAGAAGAAAUGACCUUAAUCAUUUCUACUAAUUAGAGUGAGAGUUGAGGCUGCCACAUUCUUGACCUCUUGGACAUGAACCUGGAAACUCCACACACUGUACAAUGUAUCCAUUUGGAAUUUGUUUACCUUCUCUUUAAUGACUUAACAGAAAAAAACUGCAUGAUGAAAUAGGUUUUCUCCAAAUAUAUAUAUAUUUAUAUAAUAUAUAAUCUUAGUUAACUCAAAGGUAUAUACAUUGUAUAAUAAAUAAUAUUUAUAAAAAGAGACUUUUUGAAUAUAAAAUCAAAAAGAUCAACAACUUCUACAACUUUUUACAAAACUUUGGAUACAGCAGGUUGGUAUGAAAUUUCUGUUGGAUACUAAUACCUGACUACGCGAGAAUAAUUACAAUGCACUCAAUGUACUAUUAUUAAAUAAUUACUUGUCAGCUACUUGAAUACUCCCCAGAAACAUGACUUUAUCACUUUUAAUAUAGAAUACAUAGAUAUAAAAAAGACUGUUUUGAAAAUUUGUAUCCAUUCUGCUGAAAUACUCUUACAUAAAGCAAGCAUUAUCUGGUUGACUGAUUUAAAACUUUGCAGUCUAGGGUGAGAUGGGGAGGGGCAUUUCAGACUGUCCAUAGAGGGGGUGGGAGAUGUAUCUUUAGCAGGGCUUGUUGCCAGCAGGUUCAACAGUACAGGCGUGGCUUCCAGAUGAUGGUCUUGGCAAGCCUGCCUGAGCAAGCAAGAAGACCACUGACCCAGUAUCUGAGGCCAAUGUUAGGUAGACCAAAGAGAGAAGGGAGAAAAGAAAGAAAAAACUUUGUUCUACUCUCUACCCUGCUGUGUCUCUUCUCUCUGAUUCUCCUUAAGACAGUUGGAUUUAUUCAUCUCAUCCAAUGCUUUUUCCUCCAUUUUGCUAGCUUCCUCUAGGACACUCUAGGCUUGUAGACUGUGUGGGUCAAGGAGAGCUCAGCUGUGAGAUGCUUUACUCAAGGAAGUAAGUGACCACUUGCCCCUGUUUUAACACCCAAUCCUGAGCCUUGGUGACUACAUGGAUUGCAGUUAUCUCAGAAUGUAGGUGAGCAUUUUCAUUUACUCUCAUAGGCCAAAGAAAGUAAAGAAUGUGGGAAGAUGUGUCCUUGUUGGACAGGAAAUGAAGGAAUCAUUUUUAUCCUCCCCAUCCACUAGUCCCAAAGUUGGAAUUUCAGGAAGAGACUGCUCUCUCGCCGACCCUCGAACUGCCUGAUUUUAUAGCAGCUGUACUAAAAUGAUCUAGAGUCCAACUGUCCCACCUGGAGCAGUUCUGAUGAAGAAUCCGUAGGUGAGCAGGGCCAGGAAGGCCUGAACGGCCCCUUCCAAAGAGACAGCUUCUGGCUUUCGGAGGCCGUUUGAGCUGGGGGAGGCUUGCCCCCUAGUCACAAAGUCCACUACCAAAAAAAUACACUGCAUUAAUGGUGGGAACUUUAGAGUGGUAGAAAAAGACUGAGAUCUGGCUGCAGUUUACAGGAGCCUCAUGCAGAAGGCGUUAUAGAGAAAAUGAGACUGAGAAGAACACAGCUGCUGCUCAGAUAGCUUCCCAGGUCACUUAGGACUCCAAGUUCUCAAAAAUUCAAACUCCUAACAAUUGCCUUGGGCCUCCCUACUACUUUAUCCUAGCUAAACCUAUGGCUUUUAUCAGAAUGUGAAAGUAUAUCAGAUUUGAAUGGGAGUAGACAGAGAAAAGGAGGUUGCAGGGGUUUGUCCUACUUCAUAACUCCCACCUCACAGACAUCUUGGAAUGCCAACCAUUAGAAGCAGUUUGGAAAGAGAGUCUUGCCCAUACUGAUGUCUUUACCACCAGGCAGAGAGCUCACAUUAGCCCGGCCUGUUCUGUUGGAGUAGUUUUUUUUUUUUUUUUUUCAUUUUUAUCUUCUUUAACUUGUGCAAAGAUAAGCCUUGGGUCUGUUCUUAUCAGACCCUAGAGAACCAAAAAGAAAGCCCCUUCUUUAAAAAAAAAAAAAAAACACACACCAUCCGGAGUAGGGUGAGAAACUUAAGAUGAGAAAGAGGGAGAAGCCUCUCAGCCAAUGGGCGGGUUGGGUCCAGGUCAUUUACCACACGUGCCUCUGGCAACAGUCCAUAUCCUUGCUGUCUGAUGCUGAGGGCUGAGCCCUGGCUGUAGGUCCUGCUUCCCAAGGGACUUCGGUGAAUCCGCCAAGUCAUACACUUCACCCAUUCCCAGCACCCUUUGGAGGAAAAAAAAAAAAAAAAAACAGGAAGAA